UCUGUAGCCUCAUUUCCUGUAUUUCCGCAAUCGGAAAAAUGGCCAUCCUCGCCGGACUUCAUCACCGCCGGCCAAUCCUGUCAAAUUCAGUACAAACGAAUCGCAAGACCACUGUAUGCUAUCUCUUCUCCUCACGUUCGAGUUGUAGAAUUCAGUGGUUCAGUAGCAGUACCGAGUUCGGCGGAGAAAACGCAUACGACCUCUUAGGGGUUUCAGAAAGCAGCUCAUUCGACGAAAUCAAAGCUUCGUUUAGGAAAUUGGCUAAAGAGACUCACCCGGACCUCGCGCAUUCAAAUAACGAUUCCACUGCUUCACAGCGAUUCAUUCAAAUCCUGGCAGCUUAUGAGAUUCUUUCAGAUACUGAGAAAAGGGCCCAUUAUGACAGGGAUCUAUUAUCUCAGAGAAGGCUAGUGCAGAAAUAUUCUAGACAGGGUUCAACUUUAUAUACAUAUGAAUCCCAUAUUAUGAAGAGGCAGAUGGAAGUUGUUGAAUGGUUGAAGUGGUACAGGUUUGCCAUAAAUGAGAUAUUGUCUGAGAAGAAGGUGGUAGCUGGAUCAGGCUAUUUUGAUGUACUUGAAGGGGAAUUUUAUUCAGCCAUUCAUGCAGCAUAUUAUGGCCCUUUAAUUGAGUCUAUGGACCUUCUUCCUGACCGUUUCGAAGCUGAGGAGAGGUCUGAAUAUGAAACUCCUGAGGUGCUGCACCUGGUUUCAGGUCGUGAUCUUUUUGGGAUGGUAUGCAUUGUUAAAAAACUUCCUGAAUUAUCUCAUGCCUGCAAUGAAAAGUUGACUUCUUUUGCAUCUUUGGGUUUGGAUAUGCGUCAGUUUGUUGGGGAUGCAAGCAUGAGCAUGAAUUCUGAUGCAGCAGAUGACACAGGAACUUCUCAGAUGCAAGCCAAAAAUAUUAAAUAUCAUACAUCAGAUGCAUACAAAGAUUUAGAAUUGCAUGUAUCUGGGAAGGUGGUUGCUUUAGCCACUAGAAUCCCUCCUAAAAGUUACUAUGAUGGAAUACAAAAUGAAGAUUCUCAAGAUCAGAUACAAGUUUUCCUUAGCUCAGAUGAAGGCUCAAUGCAUGUUAGCCAUGGGAUUUCUAAGGAUUCCCUUCUGGGUGGUGCAGUUGGAUUGCGGAUUCCAUUGGGGACAAUAACCGGGCUUGGAACCAACCCAGAAGAAGGGUCCUGUUUCGUCUAUGAUAGUAGCGGUACAAAAACCCAUGCGAUUAUAAAACAUAGAACAUUGAUGGUAAAGCACAUGCACUGGUAUCAGGUUGGAGAUGAGGUUUCUGUCUGUGAGUGUAGAUGCAGUAGAGCACGUUUACCACCCAGCAAAUAUUGGCUGUUUGAGCCUCGCUGUGGAAUGCAUGAUAUUGGUGGUUGGUAUGUUGAAACUUUUGGCAAAGAUAAGAAAGGAUGGACAAUCCCUUCCCAAAGAUAUUGGGAUGGAUUUGAUGCACAUGAACAAUAUGAAAAGAGGGUCCAUCCAGCUAUGUAUUUGCUUGCUCUUGCAUAUAGAACUCUAGAUCUUGAAGAUGCCAGAAGAAGGAAAAGGACAGUUAGGAAUAUUGUGGAAGGCAAACUGUUUAGAAUUCUCAGUUGGUGCAAGAAAAUGAUUUAGGGAGGAAUAAUUUGGACCUUUGCACUAUAAAGCUUCAGUUCUCUAGCAUGGUAAAAUUCCUUCUUUUUUUUCUGAGACCAUAUGACUAGCUGUUGCUUUUGUUUUACCAUCUUAAUAAUAAAGUUCAUAUUAAGCUGAGUAGCAUCACCAACAACUUUGGCAAAGUAGUCUGAUAUUUUGCUAUAAGAUUCAUUAAGGUGAUCCUUGGAAUAUAAUUCAGUAACUUGUAUGCUGCGCUCUGGAUUCAUGAAGCUUACCCUUUGUAUAUAUAUGGCGACAUGCUUGUUCAGUUCUAUCUACUUCUUUUUCCAAGAAGAUGAUACCUGUGGAAUUUGAACUCUGUUGAGGAUGAUAUUAAAGAGAGGAGUAGAUGCUAUCUUUUGAUCAUGAGGAGCAACCGGAUUAUGCUAUCUUUUCUUAAUAGCCUUUUUUUGUGGGUAAAGUUGUACAUAGAUGUAGGUUCUAUUCAUUUAAUCGAUUUGUUAGGCUCUUGCUAAAGGAGGGAAGUUAUUUUUUGUGACCCCUCUUUCUGGAUGUGCCUUUUUGGCGCCUGUUGUAUUCGCCCUGUGUAUUUUGGUAUGCUGUUCAUUUGACGCUUAUUAUAAAAUCUUAUUAUUUUCCUAUAUAUAAAGAGAAUAGAAUAUGCUCUGACAAUUCAUCUGGUUACUUCUGCUGUCGGAUGAUGGCUAAUGCAGGAGGAGAACUGGUGAUAUUUUGACCUGCUGUUGAUAAAUUGGGUUCAUUCUCUAUGGUUUCACAUGUUUGCUGUCUGUAUCUUUAUAUAACAAGCUGCUGAGCCUAUACGAAAGCUUGGCCUUUUUUCUUUACAUUAAUUACUUUUGAUGUACAUGUGUUUUUUCUGGUUACGAAUCCCCUUAUUAUUUUAUUUAUAUGCUCCAAAAAUUCUCCAUUAUAUACUCAUUUACACUCCCCUCGUGUUUCUGACUCAUUAAAUAAUCUGGGUAACCGGUUUCCCCAAAAUAAUGAGAUCAAACUUUGACCAUGAACUUUAUUGUCAAUGCAGAUUACAUAGCGUAUUGAUAAUCUGAAUGUUAAAUGACCAGUCUCUCCAUUUUUCUGUCAUAUUAUUUUAGUAGAUCAUCCCAUUUGCAAUACUGGCCACCAGCUAAUGCACGAUAGAACCUAUCUCUGCAGUAGACUGGCCUUCCAUCAGCAGCCUCAGCAGCAGCUGCUGCUAAAUCAUCAUCUGCCAUAACCUCCACAGGCAAUCUUAACAGAUCUUCUUUUCUAGAACAAUUUAGAAUCAAGUUGAAGAGAUAAAUGAGAAGUAGAAUAAAUACUGCUGAGCAAAGAUUUUGAACCUCUAUUUGUCUAUUCAUACCUUAUAUUGAACUUUGUGCUGAUAUUUGAAGUUGGAACAUUUGACAGGGUCUCUUUUGUGGCAAAACUGGUUCUGAGGAAAUCCUCCACUGGUGUAGCAAAGAUAAAUAGUGUCACUGCUGUAACAAGUAACACUCCUGUCCCAACUAGUGUUUGUUUCAGCAAUUUGAUGACUGGUUUAACCUAGAGCCUGUGUAGAUAUCAGUUGAAGCUUAGACACUUGAGUGGCCCUAUCAUUACACUCAGUUGUUGAUGCCCCUUUAAAUUGGUUGAAUUGAUAUGAAGUGGUCACAUGAUUGCGUCUAUGCAGAUAAAUUUUGUUGCGACAUUUAUUGAGAAGGGUCUUCAAAUUCAACUUACCCUUGAAGGAUUAAAGCUCGCAGCUGCAAUUGGCACUCCAAGAACAGUGAAAGCUACCAACCAAAGGCCUCCAAGACGUAUGAAGAAGGAUCCUGGACUUAGUUCACCCCAUGAAUAUAAAGGUCCAUCUUUCAGAGAUGAGUACUCAUUCACCUACCAGAGAAGCUGAUGAUGGGACCAUUGAAGCAAAAGACCUAAGCGAUUGCAACUAACUAGUACAGAAAGCAUUUGCUUAGUAUGAACCUACCGGCCUUUGCUCGAACGGGACCUCAAUUUCCAAGCCAGGAUCCCAGCUCCCACCAGGGAUUCCGCUUGUGCCCCCAUCUGUCUCAUCUUUCAAUGCCCUGAUGGAAAUCCCAAGUUUCCGACCUUUGUGAUACUGAAUGGUCCAUGAGCUGAAGGUGCUGCUUCCAAUCGUGACUUGUCUUACACUAGGGAUUGGAGAACAGUAGACAUUUAGCCUUAGCAUUUAUCUCCAGAAUUUGGAUCAAAUUGGUGCAGACAGGCUGAAGCUGAUACUCAGUUGCUGAAACUGAAGCUGGAGGGUACCAGUGCUCUUGAGCUCCACGGUGAUUUGCUUUUAUUUUUGUUGUUUUUUCAGGGACCAUGCAUUAUUUACGUGGACGAAAACAAUUGACGCCCAAUUUUUUGUUUAAUAUUUUGAGAAAAAGGAUGCUGGAUGGAGACCCAAUUCCGCAUUAUUCACCAAUAAAAAACUGCCAUGUAUGGGUGGGCCCGUCACAGAGGUUAUGAGCACGUGGAUUCUACUGACGUGUUUUGUCCAGCACCGUCGAUCUGAUCGACUGACAGGUUUAUAAUGUGGAUUAUCCAAAACCCUUGAGGCUUUCCCUAUAAUAUCGUGUGGAGUAGAAGGUGGGAGUGGAAGUUCUCGCUUGUGCAACGUGGCAGGUGUUCCUUGCACGCCCUACUCGUGUGUAGGUCUCAAGUUUCCACGAGAUUGAUGGAGGUCGACUCUUGAAAUUUUCUGGAGGGAACGCUCCUAUGUUGAGUUUGGCGUGGCUUGUGAGUGUGAAUUGCUAUGCCAGUCGAUGUGCGAAUGGUUUGAAUAUGAAGUGCUUUGUUUUUACUUACUAUUAUUGUGGCCAGUUUUUCUUGUAACGGAUUAGAUGGGCCAUUCUGCUAAGUGAAAAGUGGCCAAAAAUUGAGCAAUCAUUUUCAAUACUUGGAAGUGAACUGGGCUCAGAUUUUUUCAAUUGAAACUCAAUUUGGGUUGGGCUCAAGGUAAGAUUGGAACAACUCAUCCAACAUAAUUUAAUAUUUUUAGAUUUUUGUAUAAAUUUAUUUUUAACCU